AUGGCAGCCUUCAUCUCUCAACCCGACGAGGGGUACUCAGAAGAUCCCCUCAACCCCAGCUUCAGCGGCGCCCAGGAUGCCUCGAGCUCUGGCACCAGCGGUAGGACGCCUGCCCACGAGGAAUUGACGGCCAUCCUCCAGAGGCGCGUCCCCGGCUUGACCAACGAUGAGAAGAUGGAACUCGCCAUGACAAUCAUCAACAAUAUGCCCACCUCCGGCGUCGUCGAGCUCGUCAAGCGAAUGCACCCCCGCCUUUACAUCGACUUCAUCCAGUACCUGCCCCCGGAAGUCUGUCUUAAGAUUUUAGGCUACCUCGACCCAGUUGCUCUGAUCCGCGUCGCCAGCUCCUGCCGCGCGUGGCAUGAGCUGGCUCUCGACAGGAAGCUGUGGGAGCAGCUGUACCACCUUGAAGGCUGGAAGGCCGACUACGAGGCGAUCCAGAGACACGAGGACAGUCUCAACGAGCGGCACAAGACCUACACCCUCCACAGGGUUCGAUCAUCCGAGGACGGCCACACGUAUAAGAAGCGGGCCAUCUCCGAAGACAACGAUUUGGAAAUGACCGACGUCGACCGGCCAUUAAAGGCGGAGGAGUCCGUGACCGGCAACAGCAUUUUCGGCAGCCCCGCGUCGUCCUUCACCGGCUUUGGCAGGAACUCCGCCACGCCUACGCCCGUAGAUGUCGACAUGGACCGCUCCUCAGGGACCAAGAGCCGUAGUGCGGACAGGGUUGACUCCAAGGGCAAGGGCAUAUCAUCCCCGCUCCACCAGAGUACGCUUGUUGGGGAAGAUUCGCUGCCGUCAAUGGUCCCGAUGAACGCUCCCGAUGGGCGUCCUCCCGGGGUUCCAGGGUCCAAGCUGUGGUCCUGGGACGCCUCAAGCUCCAAGUAUCGUCUCAACUGGAGGUAUCUUUACACGAUGCGUCGGCGUCUCGAGAGGAACUGGGAGCUCGGCAGGUAUUCCAACUUCCAACUUCCUCGUCCUGACCGUCCCCAAGAUGGUCACACCGAGUGCAUCUAUACUUUGCAGUACGACAAGGAAUACCUCGUCAGCGGUAGUCGGGACCGCACAAUCCGCAUUUGGAGCUUGAUCAACUACAAGCUGUUGAGGAAACCGCUUGAGGGCCACAACGGCUCCGUUUUGUGCUUGCAGUUCGACGCGGAUAAAGACGAGGACUUGAUCGUGUCCGGCAGCAGUGACUCUGAUGUCAUUCUCUGGCGGUUCUCGACGGGGCAAAUGAUCCAGCGAUUGUCACACGCGCACACAGAAUCUGUGCUCAACGUCAAGUUCGACAAGCGCAUCUUGGUGACUUGCUCAAAGGAUAAGUCGAUCAAGAUCUUUAACCGUAGGCCACUCAAGUACGGCGACCCCGGAUACGGGGAUUCUGACAUCAUCUACACCGUCCCGACCCAUGUGCGAGACUAUGGAUACUCCAAUCCAAUGGACGACCUGCCGGUCAAGCCCCCUUACACAAUGAUCGGUGUCUUGGACGGCCACGGGGCGGCUGUCAACGCUGUGCAGAUUUGCGACAAUGAAAUUGUAUCCGCCAGCGGAGAUCGCAACAUCAAAGUAUGGGACUGGGCGAAGCAGGUUUGCAUCCGAACCGUCGUUGGCCAUAGCAAGGGCAUUGCGUGCGUGCAGUACGAUGGCCGAAGAAUUGUUAGUGGCAGCAGCGACAACGAGGUCAAGGUGUUUGAUAGGUUCACUGGUCUCGAGGUAGCCAGCCUGCGCGCUCACAGUAACCUUGUCCGAACCGUUCAGGCUGGGUUUGGCGAUCUCCCGUACAGCGCCGAGGAGGACAAGCUGGAGGCGAAGAGGGUCGAUCAGAAAUACUUCGAGGCGGUCCAGAAGGGAGAAGUCAGUCCGUACGGUGAACAGGGCAGUAGCAGUCGCCGCAGCAGGCCUAGGAACGCCGGCAGCAGCAAGCCCGAGGAUAUCACAGCCUACGGCGCCAAUAUCCCUCCUGGAGGUGGCGGCGGCAAGUAUGCCCGCAUCGUGUCCGGCUCGUACGAUCAGACUAUCAUCAUCUGGCGCCGCGACAAGGAGGGUGUUUGGAAGGACGUUCACCGUUUGCGUCAAGAAGAAGGUGCGGCGGCGGCGCAGAUGGCCUGGAGAGCGGCAUCUGAGGCAAAGGCGCAGGCUCAAGCCAGAACAACCAUCGACCAGCCCAUCAUUGCGACCAUCACCCCCGAGUCUGCUCAAUCUUUUAUACACAUGAUUGAAAUCACGGUGCCUCAAGGACCUCAGCGCUUGCGAAGUGCCCUGAUGGAGUACCCUACGUUGCUUGCCUACACUUCUCACAUCCAGGCCACCAUUGCCAGGGAACCCAACCCGCGCACGAGGACCGAGCUGAGGCAGAUUCUGCAGGCUGCGUCGUUGGAGGUCCAGUUCACGCAAGCUCGUGCUCGAGCGGCUGCGACUGCCGCUGCCACCCGCGAGGCUCAGCCGCUUGCUCCGGCCACACUCCCCUCGCUUGAACUAGACGACAGUUCGCCUGGCGGGUUUGGCUUGGCGCAGAUUGACUUCUCUGCGCCCCCGUUCCGGCCAGCUGAGACUCCCGAUGUUGAUGUUGAAAGGCCUGCGAGACGGCACUACAUUGCCCACACGACAACUGCCAACUUCGAGUCGAUGCGCACCACUUCAGCGCCCACGAACAUCCCUCAACGAUCCGCUACGCCCGGCGCAACGCAGACACCGUCCCCAGCGGUGCAAGGGCACUUGCUCAUUCAGGGCCAGGACCAGAACCAGGACCAGAACCAGGGCCAGGCUCGCUCAUCGUCGCAGCCCCCAGCCAAUGCGCAGCCAACACAACCCGGCGCCCCCGUGCAAACGCAGGCAACGCCCGUGCCGGUGCAGGGAGCUCAAAACCCGGUGCCGGACGCUGCUGGAGGCGCGGCGGCGCACCAUCCGCACAUUGCCAACGCCGACAACGGGCCGGCGCGGGUGUUCAAGCUCCAGUACGACGCCCACAGAAUCAUUUGUUGUAGUCAGACAACUGUCAUUGUUGGGUGGGACUUUACAAAUGGCGACGAGGAGCUGCGCGAAGUGGCGCGCCUCUGCCUCUUUGGAUCAGUAGAUUAG